AUGACAAACUUAGAAAACAUCUGUGGCAAGUUUAACUCCUCAAUAGAGAAUAUGAAACUUAUAGUUUGCAAUGAACUUCAAAGUAUAGAUACAACAAAAGUUUUGAACUCAGAUGCUUUGAAGAGUCUUAUAACAGACAAAGUUGGAGUUGUUGAAAGAAAGUAUAAAGACCAAAGAGUUUGUGAAAAUGUUGCAAACUUCAUUAUGGUUUCAAACAAUGCUGUUCCGAUGAAGUUAGAAAGUUCUGACAGAAGAUAUGUAGUUGUCAGAACGUCAGAAGCUCAUAUGCAAGAUACAGAAUAUUUUGACGACUUAGCAGAAACUUUGACAUCUGACUUUUACAACCACUUGUUCUCAUAUUUCAUGACAUUAGAUAUUUCUAAGUUCAAUCCAAGACAAAUUCCACAUACCGAAGAGAGACAAACAUUGUUAGAAGCAAACAAGAGUGUAUAUGAACUGUUCAUAGAAGAAAGCGACUUUGUGUCAUUAGAUGAAAGGUCUUUAUAUGAUUUGUAUAAACAAUAUUGUCAAGAAUAUGGUUAUAUGGCAGCUUCUAAACGAACAUUCUUGGCAAAUGUCAAAAGUCUUUUAGAUGUUCAGAAUGGUGUAUAUACAAAGAAAAAUUUUUCUGAGUAA